AUGGAGCAGAUUGUGUAUGCCUGUACCUAUCGGUCGCAUAGUGGUGAUCGGGAGACGACUCGGAUGUUCGACUAUCUCAGUGAGACGGCUGACAUGGUCCAACGUCGGUAUCCUGCUGCCCAAAUGGUAUUUCUGGGGGAUUUUAACGCUCACCACCAGGACUGGCUGUUCCCAUACCAGAAUACCGACCACGCCGGGAGAAAGGCGCUCAAAUUUGCUCUGUCGCUAGAUCUUACCCAGCUAGUCCAAGAAGCAACACGAGUACCCGACGUUGACGACCAUACACCUAAUUGUUUGGACCUUCUGUUGACAACUGACCCUGACCGGUCCUCGGUAUCAGUUGCAGCUCCCCUGGGCACAUCUGAUCACUGUGUGGUAAAGUCAGUAUCUAACUUUCACCCUCUGGAUACAGGUCCUACCGUAACCAGACGUGUGUGGCGAUAUAAGUCGGCAGAUUGGGAUGAGAUGCGACACUUUUUUGCAUCCUACCCUUGGCGGCAGACUUGCUUCUCUUCCAGUGAUCCGUCGAGUUGCGAACAAGAAAUAUCGGAAGUGAUACGUCAGGGGAUGGAGUACUUCAUUCCAUUUGCUGAUGUAUCACUAGAUGGCAAGAUCCCUAGGUGGUAUAAUGCAGAAUGUGCCGAAGCUGCAGCCCGUAAGGACUCAGCGUUUGCAGCGUGGGCUGAAGCCCGUACCCUUAAAUCUCCGGAUAUAACUACGAGGAAGAGAGCGUUCAACUCUGCUGCCAAAUCCUACAAAAGGGUUCUUAAAAAAGCUCGUUUCAACCGUAUUAAACGCAUCGGAGCCCAACUAGCUUCCCAUCCGCGCGGUAGUAGAGCAUUUUGGUCACUCUCCAAGUCGGUUGAAAUGAGCUUCUGCCGUCCCUCGCUGCCUCCUCUGCUUAAACCAGAUGGAUCGCUGGCCUUUACUGCGACAGAAAAGGCUAACCUUUUAGCGAAUCUGUUUAUAGAAAAUUCGCUCCUUGAUGCAGGUAGUGCUUCACCGCCCAGACAUCCACCUUGCGACUCUGUUAUGUCAGAACUACGCAUUCGCCAAACUGAGGUUUUGAGAGUACUCCUUAACCGCAGCUAA